GAAAGGUCAAAGAGUACACAAGAAGAACAAGAGGUGGAGGAUUUCAAAGCUGGGAAAGAUGAGUUCUCACAGUAAUGUCUGUGGGUCCAGGCAGGCACAGCCUGCAGCCGAGGGCGGGUACCAGCGCUACGGAGUCCGGUCCUACCUACACCAGUUUUAUGAGGACUGUACUGCCUCCAUCUGGGAGUAUGAGGAUGAUUUCCAGAUCCAGAGAUCACCUAACAGGUGGAGCUCAGUAUUCUGGAAGGUCGGACUCAUCUCAGGUACAGUCUUCGUGAUUCUUGGAUUGACUGUUCUGGCAGUGGGCUUUCUUGUGCCCCCCAAAAUUGAAGCGUUUGGUGAAGCUGAUUUUGUGGUGGUCGACACCCAUGCCAUCCAGUUUAACGGUGCCCUUGACAUGUACAAGCUGGCAGGAGCCGUUCUCUUCUGCAUCGGGGGCACAGCCAUGGCAGGGUGCCUGCUAAUGUCCGUGUUUGCAAAAAGCUACUCCAAAGAAGAAAAAUUCCUUCAGCAGAAGUUUAAAGAGCGGAUCGCAGACAUCAAGGCCCACAUCCAGCCCGUUACUAAAGCUCCAGGCCCCGGGGAAACAAAGAUUCCAGUCACCUUGUCCAGGGUUCAAAAUGUCCAGCCUCUAGCAGCAACCUGAGCGUUUCCCACCCCCAUCCUCCCUGUCUGAUUUACACACAUGGUUGAAUGGAGCAGGCCAGGUUUUGAGAUGCCGAGGAUUUGGCGUGGCCUGCCCCAGGGGCGUGUUCCACAGUGGGCAGCAUAAGGGGCGAGCUCUCACUCGCUCAGUUCAGGUGGCU